GUAUGAUUGCGUGGGCAACACUAUUUCAGCCCACGUCAAAAUCAAUACCCUGAAAAAAAAAACUGUCAACCGCGAAAUACAAAGUGCCCGCCCGUCGUCUGUGAAAAUACAUUAAAUUUCAUAAAAGUUAAUGUCUUUUUCUAUUAAAAACGUAUUAAAAAGGGCACAAGAGUGUUAUAAGAUAUUUAAGAACAUGAACAACAACUCAAUUUUGAAACUGCAGAUGUGCGGCACAGAGGCGGAGAUGCGCGAGGCGGCGGCGCGCAUCUGUCGGGACUACCUACACGGCGCGUGGAAGAGCGUGCAGCCUCAGCACCUGCAGUUCAACAGGAUCAGCGGAGGCCUCUCCAACUUCCUCUACUACGUGGCCCUACCGGACGAGCUGCCGCCGCGCGGGGACUCGCCGGGCGACGAGUGCGCCGUGUUCGGCAGGUCCAACUCCUUCUGCAUUGAAGAACCUAAGAAGGUCCUGCUCCGCAUCUACGGGCAGGUGCACGGCGAGCGAGCCAUGGACGCCAUCGUGACGGAGUCCGUGAUAUUCACGCUGCUGUCGGAGCGCCGGCUCGGGCCCAAGCUGCACGGGGUUUUUAGUGGGGGCAGGAUUGAGGAGUAUAUUCCUGCGCGCCCACUCCUGACAAAAGAGCUAGCGGAACCGGCCCUCUCGAUGAAGAUAGCUGAAAAAAUGGCGGCCAUUCACUCCAUGGACGUGCCUCUGUCGAAGGAACCCACGUGGCUGUGGAAGACCAUGGGGAAAUGGCUCCACACAGUGACACAAGAAAGGCUUGCUAGCGACUAUCAAGUCAAGAAUGAAGACGAAGCCAAAAUCAUAAAGCGCCUAAAAGACGUGGACUUCGCCAACGAGAUAGAGUGGCUCAAGAAGUACAUCGCGACGGUGGACUCGCCGUGUGUUUUCUGUCACAAUGACAUGCAGGAAGGCAACAUCCUAAUGCUAGAAGACGAGGUCCAAUCGUCUCCCUACGACGAUCUCCACUACACCUCCACGGCGGCCCAACACCUCCUCCAAACGGACCAACUCCUAGAAGACGCCAACACAAGCGACAGCGUAUCCAGCCAUAUAUCUGACAGUGGGGAACCUAAACUCGUGCUGAUAGACUUUGAGUACUGCGCGUAUAAUUACAGAGGAUUCGACAUUGCGAAUCACUUUCAAGAGUGGGCCUACGAUUAUACGAACAACGAGUUUCCGUUCUACUAUGAGAAUCAAGAGAACGGGCCUACUCUUGAACAGAAGGAAAUCUUCAUAAAGGAAUACCUGAAGCACUACCACGGCAAUCUGGGCGAGGACAAAGACGCUGCAGUUUCCAUUGAAGAGGUGAACCAUCUGUUGUACGAAGUGGACGCGUUUGCGCUGGCGAGCCACCUGUUCUGGUGUCUGUGGUCCGUCGUCAACGCGUCCAAGAGCAAGAUACCUUUCGGUUACUGGGAAUACGCUCUCUCCAGACUAGAGACAUACCUGCGGCUGAAACAAGAGUUGAUCAAGAAGGACAAAUACGGGCUCGCACAGAAGAGAAAAAUAUGUGAAGUGGACAUAUGAGACAGCUGUGCCAAUCUGAACCUAGGUUAGACCCCCACGACGGCACAGCUGACCCGUUUUAGACUUUUGUGCCGUAAAAAUUGAGCCCAAAAUCUAAUGAACAAAAGGAGAAGCGGCAACGAUAAUAUUGGCUCAAGUUUUGGUUGAUUUUUAGUGAUUUGUUUGGAAGUGAUCUCAAUGCCAAAGGAAUUCUAAGUGAUUCUAGAACGUUUCACCAGUAAGUGGUUGAAUUUCGUGGACAUUUACCAAAUAUGUUUCUAAGAUAUUGAGUUUUGGUGGUGAAAAUUAGGAAUAGACCCCGAGGGUGCUUUAAGAAGGCUAAUUAAAACAUGGAUCCGACUAUGUUUUAGAGGAAAGACCAAAUAAAUAUGAUGUUUUUUGAGUGA